AUGUCCCUAUCAUCGAGCACCUCUGCGCAAUUUGCCCCUAUCCGGAGGUCACCACUGCCUUCAACGCAUUCGCUUGCUACAUUAACCAACAAUAAUCAUCUCAACAACAAUUCGCUGGUCAGUCCUUCGCUUGAGCCUGUCAUAGAAACCACACCGCUCACAAACGGAGGACCGAAGCUUAAAAAGGCCACUGUACCCGUACCAGAUCCGCGUCGACCGAUAUUCAGAGAGCAGCCUGUACCUCGCGUGCUACCUGCCAAUAACGAAUACAUCGUAAGUCUUUGCAGUUUCUUGUGA